AUGUUAAAAUGUUUAAAGAAUGCUAAAAAACAACUGGGCCACAAGAAAUACAACGUGCUGGGUUGGAGUGACGGAGCCAACACAGGAAUGAUCCUUGCAGCCACGUACCCCGAGCGCAUUGAAAAGCUCGUCGCUUUUGGAGGGAAUUCUUACAUUGAAGACAUCGAUGUGCAGUUAUUGGAAGCCACCAGGAAUGUGGAGCAGUGGAGCAAACGUAUGCGGGAGCCAAUGGAGGCCCUCUACGGACCCGAGCGCUUUCAAAAACUCUGGUGGGACUACUGCGACUUCUACAAGCGUCUGCUGCACAACCAGGGUGGAGACGUGUGCAGAGCCGAGCUAGCUAAAAUUCGCUGCCCAACCCUCAUCGUGCAUGGAGGAAAAGACCCCCUUGUGACGCCGGAACAUCCUGCCUACUUGCUCCGCCACAUUGCCCUAUCCAAGUUGUGCGUUAUACCAGAAGGAAAACACAAUCUCCACCUGAAGUUUCCGGACGACUUCAACAAGCUCGUGACAGACUUCAUCCUUGGCUGAUGUGUGCAUUUCGUUGUGAGGCUUGUGCAGUUCUAUUAAGAAUUAUAUGAUAAACUGUUUUAGGAUCAAUAAAAGUGGAUAAGGUUGGGGUGUAUAUGACACCUAUUGCUG